UUACAUUUUCGUUAAGAGUUUAAGUUUAUUGUAAAUUUAACUGUAACAUGACGUCCACACAAAUCGUGACCGAGAAUAAAGUUCAUCUCACACACGAAUGUGGAACAAGGGCCACUUUUACGCCCUCGAGCCUCCAGCACUUGAUCCCUCCCAUACCGGUACACUGCUCUCCAUUCACUCGUAUGCAGAUGAUCUUCCCUGGAGGUGGGACGAGGGCCGGGGGAAUUCGACGUGUCUCUGAAAGCUCUUAAAAACGCGAAUUUCCGCGUCUUCACUUCAACCACCUUCAAAAACUUCACCUGCAGUCUCCGCUCGCCCCGCCUCCAGAGCCGAGCGCACUCCACCGGAGAAAGAUGCCUGGAAACACAACACAAAACCCGGAUCUGCAGAGGUCCACUAAUGUGAUCUAUCAGGCCCAUCAUGUCAGUCGCAGUAAGAGAGGGCAGGUUGUUGGAACUAGAGGCGGUUUCAGAGGAUGCACAGUCUGGCUCACAGGUUUGUCGGGGGCUGGCAAAACAACGGUGGGCUUUGCGUUAGAGGAGUAUCUGGUGUCCCACAGUAUUCCCUGCUACUCUCUGGAUGGUGAUAACAUCCGUCACGGCCUCAAUAAGAACCUGGGCUUCAGUUCUGAGGAUCGCGAGGAGAAUGUCCGGCGUAUUGCAGAGGUGGCCAAACUGUUUGCAGAUGCUGGGCUGGUCUGCAUCACUAGUUUCAUCUCGCCGUUUACCAAAGACCGCGCAGACGCCCGGCGCAUCAUUGAAAGUGCAGGCUUGCCUUUUUUCGAGGUGUUUGUGAAUGCUCCUUUGGAAGUCUGUGAGAGCAGAGACGUUAAAGGGCUUUACAAGAAAGCAAGAGCUGGAGAGAUUAAAGGCUUCACAGGUAUAGAUUCUCAGUAUGAGCGCCCAGAGGCCCCUGAACUGAUUCUGAAGACGGAAGAGCUCACGGUGAAUGAGUGCAUCCAGCAGGUGGUGGACAUGCUGAAGGAGCAGAACAUCGUUCCCAGUGGAGUUGUUGAGAUUAAUGAACUCUUUGUGCCUGAGAACAGACUCAAGCUGGCACAGGCAGAGGCCAGCACCCUUCCUGCUAUCAACAUCACCAAGUUGGACUUGCAGUGGGUGCAGGUGUUGGCUGAAGGGUGGGCUAGUCCUCUUAAAGGCUUCAUGACAGAGAGAGAAUACCUACAGGUUCUGCACUUCAACAACCUCCUGGAUGGUGGUACCAUCAACCUCUCGAUACCCAUUGUUCUUCCUGUUGCGACGAAGAUUAAAGAACAUUUAAAUGGCAGUGUGGCUGUGGCUCUGGAGUACCAAGGAAAACCUGUCGCCAUAUUACGAAACCCAGAGUUCUUUCCACAUCGAAAGGAAGAACGAUGUGCUCACCAAUGGGGAACAACCUGCCCCAAGCACCCUUACAUAAAGAUGGUAAUGGAAAGCGGCGAUUGGUUGGUAGGGGGUCAGCUGGAGGUGUUUGAGGGAAUCAGAUGGGACGAUGGGCUGGAUCAAUACCGCCUCACUCCACGGGAAAUAAAGCAGAGAUUUAAAGACAUGAAAGCAGACGCCGUGUUCGCCUUUCAGCUGAGAAACCCAGUCCACAAUGGCCAUGCUCUGCUGAUGACGGACACACGUCGCCGAUUAGAGGAACGUGGCUAUCAAAGGCCUGUGUUGCUUUUGCAUCCUUUGGGUGGCUGGACCAAAGAUGAUGAUGUGCCUCUGGACUGGAGGAUGAAACAGCACGCAGCCGUGUUAGAGGAGGGCAUUCUAGACCCAGACUCCACCAUAGUGGCCAUCUUUCCCUCACCCAUGAUGUAUGCCGGACCUACUGAAGUCCAGUGGCAUUGUCGUGCAAGGAUGGUAGCCGGUUCUAACUUCUACAUCGUGGGUCGUGAUCCUGCUGGAAUGCCACAUCCGGAGUCAGGGCAGGACUUGUAUGAUCCAUCUCAUGGGGGUAAAGUUUUGUCCAUGGCCCCUGGACUGACAUCUGUGGAAAUCAUCCCGUUUAGAGUGGCCGCUUACAAUAAGACCAAGAGGGGAAUGGACUUCUAUGACAAAGACAGGCAUGCUGACUUUGAGUUUAUUUCCGGGACCAAGAUGCGCAAGCUGGCUCGAAGUGGAGAGAAUCCUCCUGAUGGCUUCAUGGCUCCAAAAGCCUGGAAGGUCCUGACUGAUUAUUACAAUUCCCUGCAGAAACAGCAGUGAUGACAAAUAACCCAACCCAUCAGGAGCACCAUUACAAUAUAUUCCAACACACUGAAAACCUCAGAAGAUCACAGUUUUGAAGUAAUAUGUGGUCUACACUGAGAAUACCUCCGUACGGUGAAACAGUUUAAGACAUUGAAUAAUGAAUGUUCACUUAAAAUUACCUUUGGACUAGAAGGUCAGAUCAUGGGAAUUAUCAGGGUACAGCUACACAUUAUGCCUGGCCAUAAGGUAGCAAAAGUGGUUGUGAUUUCCUGUGAAUAACUCUUUCAUUACAGGUAGGUAAAUGUAGGUAGAUAUUUCUCAACUGUGAAAUUGUAACUAAAGUGCCUUAAACCGGACCAAGUGAUUGCCUAUCCCAAAGAGAUUAAAUUAUUAGAAAUGUGCCUUGUAUGCUUUGGAUACAUGGGAAUGAGUUGGAAUCUAAAUGAACUCUUUAUAUCAGAGAAGUGUUCUUACAGUUUAAAAUAUAGCUAGAUACAGGAAGAAUUUCACUGUAUUGUAUGUAUCCAGAAGAAAUACAUUUGCAUAAAAUGUUUUUAAGAUUUUUUUCCCCAAAAGGGGUUGGA